AUGUGUUUAAAAAUUGAGCAAGGCGACUGGCGCGAAACUGAGGUGAGUCAAUACUUACGUUUUAUAUUGUCGCGCUUGUGCGCCGAUGGAAACUUGCUCGUGAUACUGGUGGUGACGCUGUCGAGGCGACUUCGUUCUAUAACGAACUUCUUCCUGGCGAAUCUGGCGGUGGCAGAUUUAUGUGUUGGAGUGUUUUGUGUCUUCCAAAAUUUGACGAUUUAUCUUAUACCAAGUUGGGUCUUCGGUAACUUCCUGUGUAAGAUGUACCUAUUCGUUCAUUCUCUGAGCUACACUGCGUCAAUAUUCAUCCUGGUGGUCAUAUGCACGGAGAGAUAUUUUGCAAUUAUCCAUCCCAUCACUUGCAAACAAAUCCUCACAUCAACUAGACUCAGGAUGGUCAUCCUGGGAGUUUGGAUUACUAGUGCCGUCUAUAGUGCUCCGAAGUUUAUCUGGGUGGAUACUAUAACAAACGAUCUCGGCGACGGACACACGGAGACCAUCUGCAUUUCACAUCGACUGAAAUACAAUUCGGAAAUUUUCGACAUGGUGAACUUUGGACUACUCUACGUGACGCCAUUAUGUGUAAUGACGGUGCUGUACACUCGCAUUGCCGUGGGGCUGUGGCAGAGCUCGCACGGACUGCAGCAUCUGGGCCGGGUGCAGUGUUGUGCUACGCAGUGCCCGCGGCUUGAAAAGCCCCGGCCGCCGAAUAGCAACUACGAAGGUCAACGCACUUUCAUUGGAACCACUGAAGCUCAGAAGGGGGUGCCUGUGAACGCCGUCAAAAUCAACACCAAAAAAGCAUGCCGCCAUUCUGAGUCACGUGACUGUUAUCACCUGAGUCACUUAUCGCGUAACGUGCUGCGCGCGCGCCGCGGCGUUGUGCGAAUGCUUAUUGUGGUUGUACUCACCUUCGCUAUCUGCAAUCUACCGUUCCAUGCCCGCAAGAUGUGGCAAUAUUGGUCCAGUGGCUACCAGGGCACCAGCGAUUUCAGCACCCUACUCACACCGUUAACAUUCCUUAUCACUUACUUCAAUUCUGGCGUCAAUCCACUGUUGUACGCAUUCUUGUCGAAAAAUUUUCGGAAAGGUAUGAGAGAGCUUCUGUUUUGCAAUUUUCACGGAAAGAAGAAAAAUGGAAACUUAAUACUAUUGAAUCCGGUUGCCGGGAUUGGCUUACGGCGAAGUUCGACGCGAUCGACGCGUGCCAAUUGCAGCACGAUUACCAUGGCUCCACAAGGAGUCGAAUCAUGA